GACGAAAGAGACACACGAAGGGGACAACCGAAUACAGUCUUUCACAGCUAAGCAAGCUACACUCACUCACACACACAUACUCCAUUCCUCACUCUCCAUCCCUUCCAUCUACCUUACCUCCCCUUGAGAGCAACAGAACGGGGUGUGCCAUUGUUGACCAAGUCCCAAGUUUCUUCACGAGAAUCUCUUCGACGAACGACGCCGACGACGACGACGACGACCGCAUCUGAGACAUUUGAUAUCCACUCCUCCUUCUACUCCCACGCUCCCUCCUCCUCGCUACCGAUACCCAAGAAAAGAGAGGCCACAACAGCAGCAUUCCGCAUUCCAGUCGGGCGGCUCGUUGGGGGAAAAGCGCUCCCAUCUCCUCGGCCAUUGGCCGCUGGAGCCCUUCAAUCAGCAGCAAGAAAAGAACACACAUCCAGACAGCCGGUAGACCGUCUCUACCAAGGCCGGCAUGGCGAAUGUACGAUUCGCUGUGGGCCUGCAGCGCCUGAUACCCUUUUUGGGAUAUCAUCAUGUGUUGAUGAUAUUGAUUGCUUUGGCGAUUAUUUUGUUAUCACUCUUACUAGCCGGCUGUUCCUCCUCCUCCCCCCUCAUCCCGGGCAUUUUCCUCAUCACAUUCUACUACGAAAAAUACACGCCCACAUACGAUCCCACCCAAGUCAAUCCCGCCGUCAGCAACGCGAUUGCAAAUUUAGUCAGCAAUGCGGGGAUUGAAGUUCGAGUGGGAUAUUUUGGAAUUUGCGUCAAUGAUGAUUCGGGAGACAGUUUUUUGUGCUCGAAUAAUGCCACGUUGUUGGCGGAGCAAGUUUCGAUUGAUCAGGAUCCGUUGAAUCUGAUUUGGGUGGCGAAUACGUUUAAGAAUAGUGUGGUGUUUCCUUAUUUACUCAUCAUCGCCCUCAUCCUCGCCUUCUUCACCUUCCUCCUCCUCGCCACUUUUCCCGGCUGGCACGAAGAACACGACGCUCGCACCGGCUCCGACAUUGACAUCAAACCUUUCCCCUCCCGACCCGUCUCGCAAGUGGCGCUCGCACUGAUUUUCAUCUCGUCGAUUUUCGUGCUGGUGAGCGUCUUGUGGCAACAUACGGCUUCGGUGGCUGCUGCGCAAGUUGCGAAAGAUUUUGGAAAUGGAUCGGUUAAGAGUGGAGUUGGAACUAGUGCGAUGGUGUUGGGGUGGUUUGGGUUUGCGUUGUUGAUUAUUGUGACGAUUGGGUUGUUGGUUAUGAUUUUGAGUAUUCAUUUGUUGGAUAAGUUGACGGAUGAGUGAUGAUGAUGGGAAUGAGAAUGGAGAAUGGAGAAUGAUGAGAGGUGGGAAAGGGGUGUAGAGAGGGAGAGGGUGGAACAAGAGAUUGACGAAGAAGAUAAUCGAGGAAGGGAAUUGUGAAGAAGAUGAAAGAUGAUGAUGAGUGAACACAAAGAUCCAACAGCAGUACACUACCCCCAGCUUGACAGUGAGCAGCGCAAGAAUGAAGAAGAAGAAGAGAAGAGCCAUCGAGCAAGCCUAUUCAAACCCUUCCCUUGCCUUUUUCAAAAGAAGAAGAAAAAAAGAGCAAGAAUGGAGGGGAGAAAAAGAAAUAUUGAAUUUGAGAACUUGGCUGGACUCGGAUCAACACUUGCUGCACAAGAUUCACGUCUGUUUGUUUUUUUAAGCGGCAUUCCUGAUGAACCUCGAUAUUGAACGAACAGAAAAAAACUCUCAAAGGGUCAGGUCAGGUCAGGUCAUCAUCGGCGUUUUUUUGAGAAGGGGGCUUCUAGACUGGGUUGGGUUGGGCUAUGGUGGCCUUUUACCUGUGUCAGGUGCAUAAAGCCAUAGUCUACUUGAGAAAUUAUUGUAUUGCACGAGGGGAGAAGUUUGCAAAUGCAUACAUACCUUAGGUACUGUCUACAUAUUGUAGAUACGGUACAGUACAGUACAUAGGUGAAUGUAUGGAUGGG